GCUAAGUUACAUAUUCUGGUGAAUUUCGGUUUAAACUUAUUUACAUCAGUCUGUGGAAGUGUUAUAUUGGGUAAAUACAACCAGUUCUUAAAGACUCCUGUAUACAAGGCCGUUGAAAUAUAACAAUAAGAAGAAUUGAUGUGUCAUGAAUUUGUCAUUUUUAUUUACAUACAGGAAAUUCUCUCGCUCACACUUGGAAUGUACAUACAUAUUUUGUUCUUUUCUAAAAUGGAAUUUCAGUAGCAACGAAGAAUAACGACUAUAAUUUAAUUACCUGUAAUUAUUUUUAUUACCGGUGACCUUCUUUUGAAACGAAUGUCUUGUGUACUGAUUUAUAAAUAUGUCCAAUACGAAAGUGCCUGAACCAGAAACUUUUCCAAAAUCUGGAAGAGUAAACGAAGUAUGUCAAGAAUGGAUGGUAAGAGAAGACAGUGCUUUAGCCUAUCGUUUACAAAAUCAAGAAUUUGAUGAGCAUUUAUCAGGUAAUAAAUAUAGAAAUGCGUUAGUACGCGAAGAUUUUCCAAAAGCUAAAGAUGAACAAAUUAGAGAACAAAGACUUGCCGAACAAGCUGCCGCUAUCUACCAAAAAAUGUUAUCAGAACAAGAAGAAUUUGAUACGAAAGUCGCUAAAGAGUUGGCGGAUAAAAUGGAAAGGGAAGAGUGGCUUAAACGUAAAGCCUUGGAACUCCAUGAUCAAGAAAUUGCAAAACAGUUGAUAGAAAAAGAACGAAAACGAGUUGAAAAGCACCACCAGAUACCAUCUCCAAAUCUUGCUCAUUUUCCUCAAAAAAUACCCAGCCAAGUACCAAGUUUACCUCCUAAGUAUGAUAUUCAAUCUUCACCACAUCGUCCUGACACCUUAAAUUACCAAGCAAAUUUACCUAGAAGACAAGCUUUACCAAUGCCUUUGCCACAUAAUAAUCCAGAUCAGUACAAGACUCAGCAUAACAAUCAAGUUGAUGAAAUAAACAGUUCAGAGUUAUAUAAUGAACCGUACUUGUCAAGUCAGAAUUUAUCAUAUCGAAUGAAUGCAUUGGAAUUAUCAGACAUAGGUAUACCAUUAGAUGAAGUUGUUGAGCGCCAAAUACAAGAACAAAGAGAUGCAGAACUCGCUAGAAAACUACAAGACCAAGAAAGUGCUCUUGAAGAUAGAGAUAGACUGCUUGCCAUAGAAGCUCAAGAUAAAGAGUUGGCCAAAUUGUUACAAGAGAGGGAAAGAGCUAAAGCAAAACGAGCCAGAGAAAGAGCAAAGCAAAAAGCUUUAGCUAGAAAGCAACAGGUUGAACAAGAAGAUUUGCGUUCACUACAAGAUCGAGAUACUCACCAAAUUCUGCCAGAUGAUUCAUACGCUUUUCCUGCCGACAUUGUGCCUCAUCAAAACAUGUCUGUACCUAGAACAAUUGCUGCUCAUCCAGAUUUAUAUGCCAUACCAAAUCCUGACGAAGAUGUUAGUUACAGUCUUCCUGCUGACGUAUUGCCUAGUGGAAGUACAGCUGUAAAUAAUUGUAAAUCGAAUUAUAGUCCAAAUAAGUUUGAUUAUAGGACUGAAUUCAAAGAAGUUAAUAAUAUCGGUGCUACUUCAUCUUUAGAUAAAGGUUUAGGCUUGCCACCAGCCACCAGACCUACCCAUUUAGAUUUAAGGUCCCCAUUAUCUCGAAUCAACAAACCUCGAUACCCAGAUCCAGAAACAUGUGAUAACGUGAGUAGUUGCCCUUCAAGCAAUUCACCUGUACAGCAACACACUAACAUAGCCAUGGCCAUAGACCCUACGUAUCCUCGAAGAGCUCAACGAGGGUCUUCCAGUUACGAUACUGCCUCCAGUACAGUAACCACCAGUACUUCAAGCAGUAGUCCCGGCGUAUUACCUCCUCCCGAUAUGACAGAUCAUGAUGACGAUAGUCCUGCUCCACCUUACAUGCCCAUCCAAGGGCAAAGAAGAACUGCUAGUCUAGAGAAAAAACAGAAGAAGAAAAGUAAGGAUGGAUGUAAGCAGCAAUAAGUUUUAGGUUUUAAUCAUUAGGACAUUACCUUUGCCCUAUUUUUGAGUUUUACUUUGUUUUUGAAAUUUUUACAUGUUUACUUGAUAAAUUUUUAUUGAAAUUUUGAAUAAAUGUAACAACCCCUCAUUGUUUAGAAUAAAUACAAAGAAAAUCAUUGUGGAGCAUAUUCACUACCAUCCAAAAGCUUAGAAUUGGUAAAGUAUACCAAAAAAUUCAAUAAAUUAUUCAAUUAUAAACAAAUUUCCUUCUAAACUUAACAACAAUAUAACAAUAUUGUAUCACGUUAAAUUUUGGAGGAUAUUUGCCGCAGAAUAAUUAAAAAGGUAAAGUUUAAUAUAGUAACUUUGUAUUUAUUCGAGCUAUAAAUAGUUAAUUUUAUUGAUUAGAUUACUCUGUUUUAUCGAUUUUCUUCUCAAAAAUAGUUGUGAUAGUGCCUAAUUUGAAUAUCGUACUUAUAAAUUACAGAAUGUCUACUAAGCUAUAUAUGUAUAUAUGUACAAGAAUGCAUCCUUUGAAAAAUUAGGAAACCCUGUUCGAAAAUACAAAUCUCAUUUGUAAAAGUUAGUAGAUGCUCUGUAUAUACCUUAUAAUGAAACAGCUAUUUAGAAUUAUUGUUACUUUGUUCCUUGCGUAUCUAAUUUAUUUUAAGGUUUUAUGAGAUAAUUGCAUUAUAGGUCUGAUUGGAAUUUGUUAUAAAUUCCGGUGAUAAGUAGAGACAAUAGUUAGAUGUAUUUGCAUUUAUUAUGACAUAUCGAUAAACAAUAACAAAUAUAUCAAUAAUUAAUUCAUUUAAUCAUUCUUCUAUUUCUGUAGAACUGUUUUAUCAUUUAAAUCAUAAAAAAAUUAUCCUCAUUAUUGAUUUGAUACCUUAUAGUUUAUAACAUACAAAUGACUGCUGUAUGGUUGUAAUUUCCGUUCCUUUAUUAUAAUCUUGUCUAUUAAAAAUAUCCAUUUAGUUAAAAAUCUUGUUGGUAAUCGAAUACAUAACUAAUUUUGGUCGUUUAAAGUUUUUUUGGAUUUAUUUUUCCUGAUAGUACCAUUAGUAAUCUUUAUUCAAAUGUUUACUCAAAUCUGUUCAAAAAUCAUUAUUUAUAUGUUCCCAAGACUCCUUAUAAAUAAUUAUUUAGCAGCUUUUUCAAUCCAACGUCUCUCAUCCAUUACAAAAAUGAUUAUGAUAAAAUAAUUAAUAUUUUUUAGAUGUUAUUCUCAUUUUAUUAUACAAAUCAUAAAUCUCUAUAUUGAACUUUAUUUAUGUUACUGGGAGUACCAAUUCUAAUAUGAAUAGUUUUGUUAAUGAUUUUAUAAAAUUCUUAAUUCAAGGAUAUUGUCAUUUUAUCAUUCCAACCAUAUAUAUACUCUAUCAUCCAAAAGUUUUGAAGCAAUAACGAAAGUAACGAAAGAAAGAAAAAGUCCUCACACAUUUUUGAUCGGUUUAUAAAUAUACACCAAUUUUUUUCACUGGUCUAAUUUAAUCAUUUUUUAGUAAAUAUUAAAAAAAUAUUUUAUCAAUUCGCUAUUUUUCCUGGUAUGAAGUAAAGACUUGUUUAAAAACAGAUGAUGGGCUUCGAAACUUCUAGACAGUAGUGUGUAGUAGCUGUGCUGAGGUUGGUUUCAAGCUAAGAAACUUCUAUUAUUUAUUUGUGAAAUCAAUUUUUCAUGUCCCGUUUUAUCGAUAGAAGUGUAAUUAAAUUCUUACAGGAACUUAUAGCUCAAAUAUUUUUCAAUAGUGUAAUUUUCUAAUUUCAAUUUUAUUUUCUGAUAGCUAAUAUGUUUAUAUAAUUAUGUAUAUAACCAAAGAAAUAUAUAUUUUCACAAAUUAUUUGAUAAUGGAUGUUUUCAUAUCACCAAAGUCCAUACAUAUCAAAUAACAAAU